CCGGUGUCAAACUGUCAAUUAUUUGUUUUUAUGCUUCACGGCACGGCACGAUUGUCCGUUCUGGCUUCUCGAUGAGUCGCUCUUGAUUGUGAAAAAGAAAAAUCCGAAUAUUUUGGACGAGCUACCACGUAAGAGUACUAUAGGGCUCUAGCGAAAAAAUGUCUGCUACUUUCGCUCAACGUGGAGGCCAGAGACCACCACCGGAUACAAAGCAAAUUCAGAGACUCCUGGAUGAGAAUGGUCAGCUCAUCCAGACUAUCCAGGAAUACCAGAGCAAAGGGAAAGCUCAAGAAGUGAUGCAAUUACAAACCACGCUGCACAGGAAUCUCGUAUAUUUGGCUACUUUGGCUGAUUCUGCUCAAAAUGUCAAUGCUCUGUUGCCUAUGAUACAACCGCCUGGUGCCCCUUCUGGAGGCCCUCCUCCAAAUCAAUCAGGGCAUGGUCCUCAACCUCCAAGUGGUGAUCAACAACAUAUGAAUAGCUAUGGACAUCAGCAACAGCCUGUGCCAACUGGACCUUAUAGACAACAGCCUGGUCCCCCACAACGUCCUGGCGGUCCUCCUCCUCAUUCCCAAUACCCGCCCCAACAGCCCCAGCAACAACAGCAGGGCCCCCCGCAAGGACCGCCUCCACAGCAGCCACCCCAACAAAGGGGAUACCCUCAGCAAUACCCACCGCCCCCGCAACAAGGCGGAUACCCGCAGCAGUAUCCGCCACCACCUCAGCAAGGUGGCUAUCCGCCUCCUCAACAAGGCGGAUAUCCGCCUGCUGGUGGUGGAGGUACCGCCGCCCCCGGGGCCCCCGCAGCAGCCAGGGUGGUCCCCAACCGCCUCCUCAGUCUUCACCGUACCCACCGCCAGCCUCCGGACCACCCACAGGUCAAUCUGGCCCACCGCCCCAACAGUACGGGGGUCCGCCACCCAACGGUGGUGCCCCCUACGCGCAGCCUGGGGGCCCUCCACCGCCACCGCAGCAAUAUGGACCGCCGCCUCCUCAACAUGCGGGUGGCUAUCCACCGCAGCAGGGCGGUUACCCUCCACCACCUGGACCUCCCCAACAGCAACCGCCUCCACAACAGUCCCCUUCUCAGCAGCAGGUGCAGCAACAAGGCGGGGGCGGCCAGGGGCCGCCGCCCAAUGGGCCUCCACAGCAACAAGCAGCAGGGACCGCCACAGCCGCAGAAUCAGCCUCCACAAGGUUAUGGUGGCAAUGCUCAAUCGCCGCCAUAUUCCGGAGGGCCCCCUCCACCAUCCUCGGUGUCUCCAGCUGUCACCUCGGCACCACCACAAUCGCAGCCGCCCCCAGUCACCUCUCAGCAGCCCUAUCAGUCGCAGUAUCCGCCUAACUCGCAACCGUCUAAUACAGGCUACACAUCGCCUCCAAACCAACCCUACCCACCCGGUCCAGGCGGACCGCCUCCAUCGUCUUAUGGCUACCCGCCACAACCGAGCGGUUACCCGCCACCACAACCACAGUAUCCCCAGCAACCGCCCCAAGGUGGAUAUCAGUAUCGGCCGCCCACGGGGCAGGUACCACCUGGGCCACCCCCACAGCAACCUGGAUAUCCAUACAACUACCCGCCGCAGCCGAAUCCGCAAUAAGACAGCUCAGCUGCUGGAUCAGCAUACGACGAAGAUUGUCCAGAAACGGUCUUGAUUGCUGCUUUUCUGGAUGACUCAUUCAAAUCUACUCACAUUGAAGUGGAACUCCAGAAAAUUAACAUAACUGUUGUAUGCGUUUACAUUAAUACGUCUUGACUCGAAAGAAUAUCCUACAUCAAAAUAUUUUACGAGAAAAUAAAAAUGGAUGAAAUCUUGAAAAACUCAUUUAAAAUGUAUGUGUAGGUGUAUUAAUGUUCGUCUACCUAAGGGCCGGUUUAUCAAUGCAUGGUUAAAUAAAUCAACUAGUAGUUAAAAAUAAUCUGACGGUCAAAAUGUUUAUCCACCGGCAGUUAAAUAUUAACCAACAGUUAAACCCGUGUGAAACCUGACCGCAACUUGGAUGUUCCAGUUACGAGCGAUAACUAGCAGUUAGGAUCUGAAGCAUGCGCAGAUUGCAGACUUCUUCUUGUUUUGAUAUGUCAUUCUUGUCAUUUUAACCUCAAAAAGUCUGUGUCAAAACGUAAGCAAAAACAAGGUUUUUGUAAAGAAUUAUUGUUUGAAAAUCAAGUGAAAACUUUGAAAUAUGUUGGGUGAUAUUGAUGCUAUGUUCGAUGAUGAUGAUGAUGCGGAAAUAGUAGAGUUUUUAGAAUAUGAAAGGAGGCCCUAUAUUGUACGAGAAAGAGAAGACUUCUUCCAUUCAUUGGACGACAUAGAUUUUUUUGUGAGGUUCCGCUUGAAAAAAAUUACGGUUUUAUAUAUUUUAUCUCUCAUCGAGGAAGAACUCGAAUCUGUUACCGACAGGUAGGUUAUUUCACGUUUUUAGAACGCUGCUGAUGUUAAUACCUAUAGGUACUUUUUAUUUUCUGCGAAUAUUUUUUCUGUAAUAUUUAAACAAUAUGGAAAUAGAUAUGUGGAUUUCAUUGAAUUUUAUUUAACUUAUCAUGAACAAUUCUAUGACAAAUGACUCCCUGUGGUAACUAUUAAUUGUAUAUUUAUUUCAGAAAUCAUUCUAUUUCACCCAUCAAUCAGUUAUUACUGACUCUACGCUUCUAUGCUACGGGAAACUUCCUACUAACUGUUGGUGAUUUCAUCAAAGUUAGUAAGAGCUCUGCCUCAAAAAUAGUGAAGAAGGUGUCUGAGGCAAUAGCUACCUUCUCAGGUAGAUUUAUAAAAAUGCCAAGUAAUGAUGAGGAAAUAAGGAAAGCCAAAAGUAGCUUUUAUGAGAAAGCACAUGUGCCUAGAGUGAUUGGAUCCCUUGACUGCACACACAUAAAAAUUCAGUCACCUGGUAUGGUAUCUAUUUGUAUCUAUAGAACUUGUACUUAUAAAACUUUACCCUUACAGGAGGAAAUAAUGCAGAACUAUUUCGCAAUCGAAAAGGCUAUUUCUCCAUCAAUGUACAAACCAUUUCAGCCCCCAAUCUAAAAAUAUUAGACAUUACUGCACGCUGGCCUGGAAGUCAACAUGACCAGAUAAUUUUUGAUAAUUCAUCAAUAAAAAGUAGAUUGGAAAGAAAUGAAUUUGGCAAUAGCCUUUUAGUAGCAGACAGUGGUUAUGCAAAUUCAAUGCAUGUAAUAACACCACUUUUGGAAGCAAGAACACAAGUCCAACAACUUUAUAAUGAAGCUGGUAUGUUUCUAUCUCUUAUAAUCAUUACAUUAUAUGGAGCUGUUUUUUAUUUUACUCAUAAAAUAAUUUAAUUCACUAAAAGCAUGAACCAUAUUUUUUCAUUGUACAGAUACUACACUGCAUUAUUUUUUCUAUACAAGGAGAAUUAAAGUUAAUGAGUUUGUUUUUCAUUUAUUUUUUCAGUUACAAGAACCAGAAAUCCUGUGGAAAGGCAAUACGGUUUGUGGAAACGACGAUUUCCAGUUCUCUCAACAGGGUUGAGACUAAAAUUACAGACAACCCUUACAGUGAUCGUUGCCACAGCUGUGCUGCAUAAUAUAGCAAUUGACCAAAAUGAAGAGCAGCCCCCUGAUAUUCCAAACUUGGAUGAAAACAUAAUCAAUUAUGAAGAAGAUAUCAGUGUUGAUCCUCCUGAAAAUAACUUCAUGAAUGCCAGGGAACUGUUAUUAAGUGAAUAUUUUCCAGGGCUUUUAAAUUAAUUCUUUACUUGUACUAUUUAUGAAUUAAAUACAAAUAAAAAAUAGCAAUCUUUAAUUUCAAAAUUAUGUGUUAUAUUUAUAUAUAUUACACAUAUUUUAUAAUUUAUCAUUUGUUCUAAUCUGCAG